GGCAGCAGGAGGGAGCGGCUCUGGUAGAGCGACAUUCACUCAGAGUGGGAGAGAGAACUCGCAGCGGUGUGAACGGGUGGAUGACUCAGACAGACAGUCAGGAUGCGUGAAUACAAACUGGUUGUUUUGGGAUCAGGAGGUGUCGGAAAGUCAGCACUGACUGUCCAGUUUGUUCAGGGAAUCUUUGUGGAGAAAUAUGACCCGACGAUAGAGGAUUCCUACAGGAAGCAAGUAGAGGUCGAUGGGCAGCAGUGUAUGCUGGAGAUCCUGGACACAGCAGGAACAGAGCAGUUCACGGCGAUGAGAGACCUGUACAUGAAGAACGGUCAGGGCUUCGCUCUGGUUUACUCCAUCACAGCUCAGUCCACCUUCAACGAUCUUCAGGACCUCAGGGAGCAGAUCCUGAGAGUGAAGGACACUGAAGAUGUUCCAAUGAUCCUGGUUGGGAACAAAUGUGAUCUGGAGGUGGAGCGUGUGGUGGCCAAAGAGUCGGGCAUCGGCCUCGCCCGCCAGUGGAACUCUUGCGCCUUCCUGGAGACUUCGGCUAAGAGCAAGAUUAAUGUCAACGAGAUCUUCUAUGACCUCGUCCGACAGAUUAACAGGAAGAGUCCAGUUCCAGGAAAAACCCGCAAAAAGUCCACCUGUCAACUUCUCUAAUAACAGUUUUCCCCUCACUUGACCAACAACCUACAAACCAACCAAUCACAGGACAUCUUCCAGCUAGCCAUGCCCCUUUAACACGACAUGUCAUCAUCAACAUCAGCCACUUCUGACCUCUGUUACCAUGACGACCACUUCUACUAUCCCCCCCAUGAUACUUUCUAAUGGAGUCUAUUGCCUUGGAAACAUAAAAACCAAACAUCAAAAGACUGUGACGGUGAUGAUGAUGAUGAUGAAGACACUGCUGUUGCAGGAAUGCGGGGGCUGUCCGAACAACUGCCCUGAUUUAAACUGCAGUUCCCAUCAUGCUCUUUGUUGGGCCACUCUGUGCUGGAGAGUGGUAUUUUGCUUUCUGAUUUUUAAAAGUUUCUUUCACUUCUCUUCUUUUCCUUUUACUUGUUUUCCAGCAGUCCCAAGCCAGUAGCAAACAGUUUGACCAUCAGCCAUGUUGGAGCUGCUGUUGCCGCGGGGACAACAUGUCUAACAUGGCUGACUGUGUGUUUUAGUGUGGCUGUGGUUGAACCUGUGGAUCCUUACAGUGAUUAUUAUUACAGUGGUUAUUAUUAUAAUUCUGUGUGAAAAGACAUAAAAUCAGUCAAUGUUUUUGAUUUUAAUUUUUUGGGUUGGGAUGGGAGGGACUGGGGCGGGGGAGUGCAGCAGGUCCUGACAACGGCUCACUGCGCUGCUCAGACUGAGCUCACCUGAGUGGGCUCGCAGCUAACUCACAUGGCAACACUGAAAGAGAAUGCCAACAUAGAAACUGUUAAAAUGCGUCAUUUGGCCUAAAAGCUCAAUUUAAUAAAACACUCUUUGUUUGGAUUUACAUUUGGAAAAAGAAUUGUGUACAUGUUCAGCUACUUGUUAUGCUUAUGAUACAGCUGGUCAUGUCGCUGGAUGUGAUGCAUUUAUGAAAGCUCGAAACAUUUAGAUUUACCCAGCAUCUGACAAAAUGCAUUUAAAGCAUUAUGAAACCAACACUAAUGUUACACAUUUUGUGAAGCAUUAGAAUCAGAUGUCCGCUGUUUCUUGACCUGCGAUUGACCUUGCUAAUGUGUUAGCUGUUUGACGAAAAGCUCAUGAUACCAAGUCACUAUUUCUGUUUCUGAGCUUUUCUCCGUACAAAAGAAAAAAAAAACAUGGGGAUGUUGCUGUGAGCUUCUAUCUAGUUUGACUUUCCAGAAAGCAUUGUACGUUCCAAAAAACACACAAACAUGGUUAGCUAAACAAACAUUGUCAACUUGUUGCUGCAUUAGAGGAAGUAUAACUAUGCUGUAACCUCGAGACAAACAAGAUAUCAUUGGUGAGAGCCGGCUUGUGAUCCUAGCAGCGCAGUGAGCUUGAUCCGGACCUGCUGCUCAGGGCAGACAUGUUGCCUUUAGACAGCAGACUCACACUGGUCCAGUACCUUAACUCUGUGUGUGUGUGUGUGUGUGUGUGUGCGUGUGUGUAUGUGUUUGUGAGUGUGUUUUGAGAGCAGGUGAGCCGCAUAAUUACAGUGAACAAAACCAGUUCCUGUAAUGGCCCGGGGGGGUUGUGUUACAUUUACUGAACAGAAUCCCCCACAGUUGUUACCGUAUUAGUAACCAUAUUAGAACCUGUUUUAAACUUUUUUUUUUCUUUUAAUAAUAGUCACUCAUUUGAGAGGGAAACACUGAAUUAUCGGCUGUGUUAUCAACGCUCCCUUUAACUGAUGGUUAUAUAUUGAAUCAUUAAGGUAUGGAAGACCAACUUGUUAAAUUGUUGGCAUGGACUACUCCCCCACACCUGGAUGAUUUUGGUGACAAUAUUCCCAUCAAUUAAAGAAAGAAGCUGAUAUAAAAUCUUAGUGUUUAUGUUUAACAGUAGCUUAGCUGGAUGAGACUGAGAGGGGUUGGGCUUAAAAGCACGAGCCCCGCCUUUGUGUGAUAUGGGCGUGGCCUCUGAAGCAGCAGCUGCAAAAAGCCUCUCAAUAUUUCCUCUUCAGUGUGAAACGAGUGGUUAGAUUACAGAAACAGUUCGUUGGACCAGUGACCUCUGUGAGUACUGCUGCGCACAGUGUUGUACCAUCAGGAGUAUUGUGGUACACCGUGGUACUGCUGUCAGUAUUCUGGUUCUCCUCAAGUACAUUCAGUCAUGUAGCAUGUUGAUGUUUCUGUCAGUACUCAGUCUGACCUCCCAGAGGUGCUGCAACAGUUUGCAUGCCGAGCAGAAGCUUCCAGCUGAAACGUCUGUUUGCAGCCACAGUGAAGUGAUGGUAAUGUAUAGUAUAAAUACAGUUGUUGCUCAAAAAAAGAAAAGAAUCCCCUGAUGACUAUAUAGCCUAGGAAACCCUCCUGAUAAAGACUUAAUUUCACUUGCUUUUACUCUUAUUCAUCAGCAAUCAAUAGCCAGAGACUGGAGAGCAGAAAUCACCCAUUAGUUUCAUUUGUAGACCGUCUAAAUGAUGAUUUUACAGCCUACAGCUUCUGUGGUUGCACCGGCCACAAAUGGGCCGCAAACGUACACAAACAUGAAAUUUCUGCUUUUAUCAGUGCUUUGUUGUAUUUUUUCAGCUUUAUAAGAGAGGUUUCCCAUUAUUCAUUUAUAAUCAGUUUGCAAAACAUUUAUUUACACUGUAAUAUAAUUGUAAAGAGAUAUAAGGAUAUUAAAGUUAUUUUUAUCGAUUUUAUCCACAUUCAGACUCAUUCUUAGAUGGGUCUACAACAUUUAGCAUCAAGGUUUCUUUGUGACCAUGUAAAAUAUUUUUGAAUGUAUGGAUAGCUUAUUAGGGUUUAUUAAUUUAAAAAAAUAGUUGAUGUAUUAGUGUUAUAAAUAAGUCAUAGAUACACGUUUUAUGUUCUCAUAGCCAUGUAUAUACUGAUAAAUGCUUUAAAUGUCCUUAUACCUCUUUGCAUCUACUUUUAAUAGCAUUAUUAACAGUUCAUUAAGUGCUUAUUUACAGCUUGUCAAUCCUGGGAAGAAGCGUUUCAAGUGUUCAUGGUGGACUGACGUAGUUGCAGUGCGUGCUUGAGUCAUGAAAGCUGUUGUUGCAUUCAGACCUUUCUGGCCUCCACACAGGCUGCAGCAGCAUUCAUCACUUCAGGUGAACUCUCUCAUGUUUUACAGCUCAGGCCCAAGUCGCAUUCUGGAUGUUUGGCAGAUCUAGAGUCAGUCAGGCAAACUCUUCUCUUAACGCAUACUGAGGCCUUAACAAUUCUGGUAAAGGGGGGUUGUCGUAAUACGUGUUAACAUUAAUGAACGAUUUGUAAACAUUUGACUAAUGCUAUAACGGCCUGUAAUGUAGUUGAAAGCAGAUAUGUUUUUGAUGGUUUCAAAGGAAAUGUUAUAAUUGAUUUAGAUAUUGUGCAAUAAUAAACAUUUAAAUCGUCAAUGUAUCUGCUUUCAACAACAUUGUAGUGCAUUAUGGAACAUUUAUUAUCUGUUUAAUAAAUGCUUGUAUAUAUAGACAACCACACACAUCCUGAACCAGAAAACAUGACUUUCUCAAAAUGUUAGAUUUCUUGUUAAACAUGUCAAAGUGACAAACAAGUGAUGAUUGCAGCUGCAGCUGUGCAAACAGGAAAAAAUGUUUUUCCAUUCCUGAAAUGAAUCUGCUUCUUUUUCUCUGUAUGGCAUGAUGACCAGUGAAAUGUAAAAGAAACCAGAUCAGCCAGUGGAGUAUCAGAUUAAAACUCUCAAUGGUGUGGCUGAUGGGAGAUUUGGAACUGGUAUUAAAGUGGUCUGAACUGGUUCUGUUCCAUUACAGAAACCCACAGCAGCAGCGGGAGAGGCAGGGAAGGGGAGGGGGGCUGAAGCCAAAUGUAAAGAAAAACUAAAAAGCCUUAAAUGAAUAAAAGUGGUGCAAUUUUGUAACAGCAACCUGUGAUGUGGAGUCAUUCUGGAUUAGAAAUGCAGAGACAUACAAGGGAAAAGUGAACAGUCAUCCCAGUCUAAAAAUGUUGUGGGUUAUGUGUGUUUAUAGAAAUACAAAACUAUUAAAUUGGUUAUUUUGUAAAAUAAACCUUUUUUUUUCUUUCAUUUGCUUUGAUAAUUCCUGGCAACAUGCGGUGGUUUAUGUUAAAUAAAAUAAUAUGUAUUUCAAA